CUAAAAUGCUACUUAUUUUUUAAUAGGAGACAGACCAGCACAUUACAAGACAUUCAAUACUGUUCAGGUUUUAAAGGAUUUAUCUAUAGGAUCAUGCAGGCAACUGCUUACCGUGAAUUCCUGUUUUAACUACUGUAUAUGACCUUGGCACAGACAAAUGGAUCUGUCAAAAUCUGUCUGUUAUGUUUUGUAAAUGCAGCACCCUUUUUUGUUUUUCCUUAGAUGGAGUCAUAAGGAAAUCAUAUCUUUUGGAAAUCAUACUUGUUCAAUGUUCUAUCUGGGGUGCUUGAGACAGAAAUAGACCGUUGAAAUGUGUGACUGCCUCCACACUGAUUACGUGAUGAAUGGUUUCAUUCUGCAUGUAGCCCUGAGUGGUGAAUAGCUCAACUGUUUAAAAUGGGGCUUGCUUUUUUCUGUCUGCGUUUUUAGAAGUGCAUGAAAGAACAUCACCUGAAACAAGAAAUCCUAAAGGAAGAGAAAAGAAUGCAUGUUUAAGUCUCUUUGUGCUUCUUUUUAUGUAUAUUUUUCAUUGGAAAAGCAUUAAUCAAGUACAAAGUAAACAGUAAAAAACUGUUUUCUGAAAUGUUUCAACAAAAACACACCCAGACUUCUUGGUAAUAAACAGAAAACAAUAUUGCAAUCAAAGGUAACACAUAAAAAAAAAUAUGAGUUUGAUGCUCAUGUUGUUUGCAUUUGAGUGGAUUGAAAACAACAUGUAUUGAAAAUAACAUUAAGUCAAAAAAGGUAAAGUUAUAUAAAUUCUGUAGGUUGCAAACUUGUGUAGUAAUAUUCAGAACAUAAUCUCGUAGUUACAAGACAAGAUCCCUUAAAGGUGGGGUAGGCAAGAUCUGAGGAAGUGCCAGUUUUUGGGAGAAAUCUUCAAUGUAAAUUAGAUAAGGAAAGGUGCCACAUUGUCCACUGAUUCACGCAGAACCACUAACUGCACAUCCACAAAGAUGUUACUUCAUAUGGAAGCUCAUUGCAAUAAAAAACUUGAGAUACUGUAGCGUCCGACUGGACCUUUUAAGAAGAAUGAUAAAAGAAUGAGUUGAUCCAAAAUACCUUCGCUUUAUUACAGGAAUCACAUGUAGAUUCACCAAAACAACAAACUUAUCUGACUGCUAUCACUUUCUCUCAGCUCCUCACUCACACACAUACACACACCAUACCCUUGUCUUUAUCACUUAUCCCGCCCCCCUCGCUCAUCCAACCACAUACAUGCUCAUGUACAUUCACUGACAGUCAGGAAACAUAGAACACUUCAACAUUUUAACUGGAGCAUUAGUCUACAGCAGAGUCACCACAAUAAUAAUUUAACAGUAAUACCAUCCUCGUUUUUGAGAAACUUCAGUAUUUCCUCGUGUCUCAAACUGAGAAGGUAAAGCGGAUUAACUACGACAGCGCCAUCAUCGCCAUUGAGAGAGGAUCUACAGACAUUCCCUUUUUCUUGAUUUGCUCUCGCAUCACAGUGAAUACAAUGCGCCUCCAUAUGUUUAAGCACCUAAGUAAGUUCUAAAUGUUAUGUGUAGAUUAAAAUAUGGUUUUAAAGUGGCAUAUUAACUUACUUGCAGGUUGGUUGACUAUCUGAUCACAUUGGGCCACCUUCUAUAUACUAGCUAUAACUCUGUCUGCAUUGCUUCCCUUUUGCUGUGUCACGCUCUUUUUUUUCUAUCUCUGCCUUGCAUGUACCCUCGUUUUAAGGGGUAUUCUAUUUUUAUUUUUAUUGCACACUUUGUCUUGGAUUUGUAGGAAGCAUGUUUGCCAGCCAUAUGGCAGUGCCAGGGGCGUCUGGAACAGAUGUGAUCAGCAUUGGUGCUCUGCUCUGUCAAGCACAUAAAAACACACUCAAACACACUUUCAAACAUACAGCAAGGCUAACUCAAUGCGUGUUACCGAAGGAGAGGUCCCUGACUGACAUCAGCAAUAAGGUCUGUCUCAGACCGGGUGCCUGUAAGUUGCGUGAUGGCAAUGAUGCAUGAUGGCCCAGCCAGACCCCAGCCCUGGUCCUAGAUCCAGCCCCAGCUCCUGAAAGCACAGUCAAUGCACCUCCAAUAUGUUUGUUUGAAUGUACUGUAAAAAAAAGUGUUUCUGGAGAGGAACUGAAUCUCCUUUGCAAACAGUACAACAUAUAGCCUGAAAUUAGAUGACAUCUUUGUUCAAGACAUCUCAGUAGACUGGGCUGUCUUGCAAGUGAUUCAGCUAACUUAAGAGACUUUGACCCAAGUAUUUGUCCUGUGGACACCUUUACAAACUGGAGAAACCUCUAUGUUUACCUGGUGUUUGAGGUGUGUACAAUGUUAUCAAGCAGAUGCUUUAUCCUAAGUGACGUAUGUUCAAGAGCAAGAUCAACACAUGCAAAGAUCUAGACAAGGAGAAACAAGAUCUGUAAAAGCCACAAAGUGCUGCAAGUCCAUUUGGAUGCAGAUACUGUAGUGUUAAAGGCAAUGAGCAUAGUGUAUAAAAUGAUUUUUUGUGUGUUUUAAAUGUAAGAUAAACAUCAACAAUGACAUAACCAAUAAUCCAUUGUGAGACCUUUCACCAUCAAUUAAAUUGCCUUCAAAACAAAAAAAGACCAAGGUACCAAGUGCUGGGUCACUCACAAAGAGCUGGGGAAAAAAAUCCCAGAGUAGAGCAGGACAGUGCUGGCCAACUGUAGUUGAAAGAGUCAUUUUACCGCUGGGGACAACAGUGGAGAAUGGUCGAGCUAAGUGCAUAGUGUUCUCUAGAGAGCUGGGUCUUCAGCUUUCUCUUGAAAGUAGAGAGGGACUCUGUGGAUUGAAUGGAGUUGGAUAAUUCAUUUCACUAUUUAGGGAACACAGACUUGGGGACCUGAUGUGGUGGAAGUACCAGGUGCCUUUCACUGGCUGAAUUUCAGGUAAACAGGAGCAGUCUUGGUUGCUGCUUUGUAAGCAAUGAUUAGAGUUUUUAAUUUGUUGUGAGCUGCUGCAACAGGAAGCCAGAGUAGAGAGACGAAAAGAGGAGUGACAUUAACUGUCUUGGGUUGGUUAAAGACCAGACGUGCUGCUGAGUUCUGGAUCAUGAGCACAGGUUUAAUCUUGAUGUUAUAGAGGGCAAAUCAGCAGGACCAAGCAAUCGAGGCCACAUAAACCUUGAACCUUGUGUGAACCGUAAGCCACAGACCAAAAGAACUACUAACAUUACCUCAGAGCCUUUGGGGAAUCAAAAUAUGCCAGCAGCUUGCAUAUGGUUGCAGUCUGCAUUACUCCCCAUCCAGAGCUCCCUGUCUUACUAACACUGCCGUUUGUUGCUAUCUUUCUACAAUAUUCACGAGUUAAAUCUGGAAACCAGGACAGAAGUGCAUCCUCAUAAGCCUUUUAAACACUGCAACUCCAAAACAGUGCUGGAACAGGGCUCAGUCAGCACUAUGUUUUCAGAUUGUAUUCAGCAUAAUAUUGGUGUCCUAGUGUGUGAUUACACCACUUUGCACUGCAUAUAAGGCAUAAAAAAGGCAAAGAAAAAUAUCCCACCUUGAAAAGCAGUAAGAGCCUUUAGUAAGUGUUCAGCUCUUAUUGUUUUUUAUUGCAAAACUUGUGGUUUACAUGAUAUGUUUACCUCAUAAAAAUACCCGGUGUUAGCCAUUACAUUACAAACUAUACAGCUGUUAUUGUUUUUGCAAGGUUAUCUCAGGUAUUUGCUGCUCGCACACUGUCUCAUACAUCACAAACCAGUUAGUUGAUCAGAGCAUUAAUGGUAGAGCAGGCAUUUGUGAUAUCCAAAGAUAGGGUAACAACCCUCACCAGUCAUGUCAUUCAUCUGGCAGAUCAUUGUGAUUGCCAGAAUUUUGUCUGGUCUGUAGAGCAAAAACGCCAAAAUUGAGCAAAAAUGAUAGUUUUUGUUGCAUGCUGUCAGAAGGAGUAAUGACUGGGUACAGUAAAGUACUUCUGAGAAACGUACUACCCAGAAGUUGGAACCUACUGUCAUUUUAAGCAUUGUUUGUAGCUGUGACCAGGACUUUAUGGGCAAGCCAUCUGUUUACUGCUUUGGCAGUAGUCUUCAGUGCUUAAGCUUAUCUGUGCAUGAAGGCAGUGGCCCACUUUAACCCUCUGUUUGCUAAUUGUACACAGUCAAGCUUUAAAUCUGGUUUGUCUUACUUUUACUUAUCGACAUUAACUUUGUUUAAAUAUCCAUUGAGAACCAGUCUUUUGGUCAUUAUUACUUUUGAAGAUUCAUAAAAAAUUUAACAUUUUCUGAUUUAACAUUAGCUUCUGAUUUUUCAGUUUCUUUCACCUUUUUCCUUUUUGUCUUUUCACUUCCAACCUGCCGAAAAAGAAAGCCAAAAUACAAAAGAAGGUAGUAAUAUGCAAUUGGUUAAUGAAAGAAAAUCUCGGAACAUAAUGACAAGCUAUGGGACCUUACUUUUAAUUUCCAAGUAUUUAUGCAAAUGACUGUGAUGCAUGCAACCUGUCGUGUUGAAGUUAGCAAUGGUUAGCCAUGUAGCUGCUCAUGUUUGUUUGGGGUUUUGUGCUUCUAUUAUCUCCAGCUAAUGGCUGAGUAAAUGAUGUAGUGCCAACAAACAGUUUUAAAUUUGUUAGAAAAAUUAUUGGAAAUAAAUAUUAAGGACUGCAAUGAGGACUCUGAAGAGAUGGGCAGAUGUGUAAAGCUGGAGUAGUAGACCUGCUUUGAACCACUGAUUGGAGUGUCUACUAGGGCCUGACAGAUUUAUCAGCGAGCUGAUUAAACUGGCCAAUUUUCGCCCGUUUGGUAGAGCAAAUCGACCCAAACUCACAGAUUUUCAGAAUAUUUUUCAGAUAUUUUCAGAAAUAAAAUGCGGAAAAUAAGAUUCGGUUUCACUUCGGAAAUGUUCCGCCAUUUAAAAAGUUCCCCAACUUAUCCUGUAGAUGGCGCAGUUACAUCAUGACUAUCUUCAUCCACUAACUACCUCACAGUUGAAAACGCUUUUCUGGUCUGAGUUUGAUCAGUCGGUCCUCCAGUAUAUUAACAGUAUAUAGUAUACUGUAGAUAUCUACUGUAGAUAUCUACAGUAUAUAUGUAUUUUUUAUAACUUCAAAAAAAAAAAAAUUGGCCGAUUAAUGGGUGAUAAGAUUGCCCCCCCCCCCCCCCCCCCCCGUGUAUAUUAGCUUGUGUGAUGAUGUGUCCACCUACAAAGACCUUCUGCAGAUACUGCACACAUUUUUUGUUAUUAUUAUUAAAUAAGAUUAUUAAUCCUGAUCACUUAUGAUUCAACCUUUGAAUCACCUGUUCAGUGGAAAUUAAAACUCUUUUAACUAAAACAUUCCAGACUCUUUUAAAAACACACUCAGUGAUUUUAGUUUAUUUUCGUUUCAUUUUUGAAAACCUUUUUUGUUCGCUAAGGUAUACCUGUCUGUUUAACUGGGAAAAGAAAAACAGGUUUAAUGGUACUGAAAGUGACCAUGCUUCAACUCCUCACAUCUCUUUAUGAGCUUUGACUUUGUUUUCAUGAUAAUUCAUGAACAAAUAAUUCAUUUUUUCAAAGUGGACUAUUCUACAGUUUACUGAAAGCCGGUUGCAGAUCACAGGCUGCAGAUCUUCAUUCUUCAGCCCUCCUCAACACUUUCUAUAUAAAAGACUUAUUUAAAUUUGUUGUUAAGGCAAUACAAACAACCUUUCAAUAUGAGAACUGAAAAGUGAGUGUGCUUGUGACCUUACCUUUGCAUCAGUCAUGCUUUGUGCGUGGCGCUUGAUGAGUUCUCAUAAAGCAGCUGGGUACACAACUAUACCACCUGGGUUACACACUUAUGCUCUUGCCUGCUUGUUGAUUUGCCUGAGUGCCUAACAGGCAGUGGUAGCAUGACAGGAUCUGUCUCACAAAAACACAGUUUCUCUUGAAGCCCCUGGGCUCUGCAAAAGACGUGGACGUAGUUUGUGUGUGGGCACAGGUGUUGAAUUAAUGUGUUGAUGUGUUAAUGUUUCUGUUUGAUCUUAGGCUUGUUUUGUUUGUGUAUUUGUUGUUUUUUUCCUUUGACAAAUUACUUUAAUUUAAUCAUACUAACAAAUAAGUAGGAAAAUUGCUGACCUUGAGUUAACUUCUUUUUUUAAAAAUAAAUGUCCAAUAAAGUGUUACCAUGUAUUUUUAUUCAGAUAGAUGAUGGUAACGUCAGUCUUGUGAUUUCCAAUAUUAAUAACAUGCCGAUUAUUAAUCAGCUGAUCUAUUUCUCUUCUCUGUGAUUGUUUUUUGACGUUUUCAGCAGCGUGUUUCAUAAAGACACCCAAACAACACAGCUUGUGUUUCUGUCAUCACAAAAGGUGAUCUUCAUGUGAACCUGUGAAUGACGUAGUGUUUCGCAGCAAUACAAACUGAGAAAGUGCAGAUUGACGGCAGCAAUCAAAAGUGUGUAACUAAAUAUGUGGUAUAAGAAGGAUCACACAAUAUUAGACUUAACUCCUGACACAGUGCAUUAAGGGGGACAUAAUGGAGGACCUCUCUCCCUCACAUGUAGAACCUGUAUCAGGCGCUAGAUUACCAGAUACAGGAGCAGAGAGUGACAAGAGAUUUUCCAUGACACAGUUAUACCACAUAAUAGUGCAAACAAACUGACAUGCACUCGUUUUAAUGCUACUGAAGCACAACCUUUGUUGCAGUUGAAAUCAUGUUACUGGUGGGGGGUUUAUGGUGGUUUUGACUGAGCUUGUAAUAGCGCACCAUAUGAUGUUUUAUUCAUGUUCCACAAACCAGUGUACAUGUAAACUGUACCCAGGUUUUAAGUGUUCAACCAGGCUGCUGGAUCCUUUGCUUUCAACAAUCUGCAAGCAUUUCUCAUCCUGGGUAGUUAAUAAUUAUCUCUAAUUUUUCACACUUUUAAACCAUCACUGGGAAGUUUCUCACACCUCUGCCGUCAGCUACUGCUGGCAACAUUAGCUGCUCCAGUUUGGCGUCCGUUUUUUGUUUUGUUUUGGUGGUUUAUACUUUUUACUUUAGACUUGUGGAGGACUAUUGUUUAUAUCAGGUUAUGAGGAAGUUUCUAGGGGCAUCAUAUGUUUUUAGUGCCAUCAUCCUCCUCUCCAUGUAAAGAUAUGAUUACUUCCUAUUAAGUUUUUGGUCAUGCAUAAGUUCCUGUGGAGGAGGUCUAACUUGAUUUAGUCUGUAAUGUAUUUAGCUGAUCCAGAUAUAGCAUACUGUUUAUGCAUUUUAGACUCUGUUCGGCUGACAUCUUUGUCCACAGAAAAGUAACCCCUUACUUUCUCAUAUCAACAAAAUGUCUGUUUAAACAGGUAAAACAGUGUAUUCUUUGCCUCUUUCUUUUGCAUCUUGUUCCUUAUUUCUUAAAUACACAUGGGAAAGUAGACGGAAAUGUUGCAAAGGAGAGAAAGAACAAGGAAAUAUGUUUUAGGAUGCAGAGAUUGUCUUUCCCGCAAAGCCUCAUAUGAAGUGCCAUCCAUUUAAGAUGACGGCUUAAGCUGAUCACAGAUGGAUCAGCUGUCAGACAGCUUUUACAGCUGGUCGGAGCUGUAUGGAAAUGUUGCAAAGGAGAGAAAGAACAAUAAUGGCUCUGUCUCCACUGUGGCUUAGUGGUAGGGUCAGUUGUAUCAAUCACAAGGGUGAUGGUUCAAUCCCAGGUCCUACAGCCCACAUGUUGAAGUAUCUUCAGGCAACACUCUGCACCCAGUAGUGUGUGAAUGGGAUUAGGUAAUACUGAUGUACUCUUUGCCAUCAGUGUGUAAAUGUGAUCUGAAUUGGUGAAUGUGGUAAAUACCAUUUUUAUUUAUUAGAAAAAAUACACAUAAACACAUGUGCUGCACAUGACGAACCUGUGGGGUGUUUGUUCUAUAUCCUGUGAAAAACCACGUAGACCAUUUUUACCAUUUUUACGCUGUUGUUUUUUAACUACCUGUAUUUGUAUGUCUUUCAAUAUUCAGUUCGUCUGAUCCUUUUUUUUAUCUCAAGUCAUCAAAUGCCAGCUGCAGAAUUCAAUGUUUGUUUUAGACACCCCUUACUAUCUGCUUUGAGGCCCAUCUUUUGUAAGUGAUGAAACUCUGCUAAUGCUAAUAUCUCAAGUUGAAGUUGUUGUAUCUGCUGUCACAAAGUCAUUUAUUGAUUAUCACCCAAAGGAUUCCUGUGAAGGUCUCUCUUGUGUAUCCUUUCUCAUCUUUCCUCUGAUUUUUCUCCUCCCUCUUUAAUCCCAGAUCCUCCAAGUAGGGAUAGAGAGUCAGGGGAAUUAAGAUGCGACUCAUUGUCUGUCAUUCAGUCUCUUUAUGUAAUUUUCUAUUUUCUGCUUUUUCUUCUGUUUUGAAUGUCAAGACACUCAUCUCUGCCAACUUCUUCCUGCAGUGUGUGUGCUGGGGCUGGAUGUGACGGUUUCCCAGAGCAGUAUCCAGGUGGCCCGUGGCCAAGCAGCCAUCCUGCCCUGCUCCUUUACCACCAGUGCUGCCCUCAACAACCUGAAUAUCAUCUGGAUGGUAAUACCACUGUCCAAUGCCAAUCAGCCAGAACAGGUAAAGAGCUAUUUAGACAUCCACUUAUUCAGAGACCUAAGAGUUGAUCAGUCAGCACGAUACAUCAUGCACGACCCAAGUAAUUGUGAUCUAUAUGUGCGAUCGAAGUGUAAUAUCAAAUGUUUGGCCUGAUUGAUGCAAAAAAAGAAAACAUGCCAGUUUCUCACUUUCCAUGACUAACUCAGAGGAAAAUAUUAGGACCUUAUGAAACAUUACUGUUUCUGACCCUCUCAAAUACAUACUAGAAUAUACACCCUCCCCGUUAUAAAAAUAAGUUUUGAAUUCAAGCAUUGACCUUUAUAGUCAGCACUAACUACAAUAUUCAAUUAUGGGUAACCAAAAAUAACUGCUUGUGAAACAACAGAAUUUACUCAACAAAGCAGGUUUUUUAAAUAGAUAGCUAUUAAAACUUAAACUACAUGCAACUACAUUGAAUGAUUACAAUGAAACUUGAACCAAGAGUACCUGGCUGCAGACACAGCGGACCUCCAUAAGUGUGUGCAGAGUAGGACCUCCAUAAGUGCAGGUGCUGUGGAUGGAAAGUUGGGCUGUUAUUGGAAAAAUAAUGUCAUCUCACCAGUAAAAGUCAACUGUUAUCAAACCUUAACAAAAAAGGUCAACAGAUUUUAAGAUUAUCAUAGCUUCACACAGUGCAGACACGUCAGAGGUGACAAAGACACCACAAAACACAAGAAAACUUUAAGAAAAAUACCACAUGUGCAUACCUGCAUCUGAGAGUCCACCUGAAUGCACAACACAUGCAUGUAUGCACUUACGCGUGUAACUUUAGUAAAUCAUCCUGCGUCCAUGCAUUGUGUGUGCACCCUGGCACUAGUUAUGCCAUUAACGUUUCACGCAUUCAUGUGUAUGUGUGGAGUGAAUGUAAUAGACGCAGAUGGAUGCAUGUGUACACACGUACGUUAUUCUUUUCGUAAUAAUUCAUUGACUCGUGCAUUUUUUGUCUAUUUGUGUGAUACUUGUCCCACAGUGUUGUAGAACUUAUAUCUCAGCUCACUACCUUUUAAUUGUGAAACAGAGGAUCGGGUUCAAAUCCUCACAUCAAUAUGUCGAUGUUUUCCAUCAUUCAUUUGAGUAGUAUCCCAUCUAAACACGGAUUGCAAAAUAAUUUAUAAUGAUAUACAAACCUCUGUGGAAAACACAAAUGACUGCGUAUGAUGCAUAAGAAUAAAAAUAUCUCUCAGUCGCAGUGGCAGGGUGUUAAGUCUGACAUAUUAUAUAACAUGUUUAAUGUCUUGUUGUCUCACCCAUUUUGAUUUGAUGACUGUGAAGCACUUUGUGACAACUGUUCCUGGAAGGUGCUAUACAAAAAUUAUUAUCAUUAUUAUUAUUAUUAUUAUUACCAUGUCAAAUAGAAUAGAAAAUACCUACAUCUAUAUCAAAGUGCGUCUAAAGUAGUUUAUCUUUAUAUGAUUUUUGAGAAAGUUAGCAGUAAUUAAUGGCAGGCAAAAGCCUUUACAUGAGUUGCUUAUAAGUUAUUGUUGUUAAUUUACUGUUGUGGACUCUCAAAAUAACCCUUCCUCCUCAUUUGUGUCCCUCUUCAUCCGCACUGCACCACGCUGCUACCCUGGUAGUACUUAUGGGAUUUCAUUUGAAUUGUCUGUAUGCAGCUGCAGGCCAUACAAGCUCACCUGCCUCCUUUCCCUUUGAACCCCUGCGCUGGUCGGCCGUCCAAAUAAUACAAUCAUCUUCUGCACUAAUUACCCCAUAAUGGGCUCUAUAUCACAGCUGUUCCCACUGCACAGGCAUACACACACACACAUACACGCCAGUUUCUCACAUUCCAAAUAUAUACACACACACACACACUAACACUCAUACAUACACAGCAUUUAACGCACAUUCACACUUACCCUCACAGUUGUUUCCCUGCCUCGGCCUUGAAGCUUUUCAAUGAGGAUUCUUUUUACCAAAGUGAAAAGACCCUCUGAUUUCCCUCAAGCCUUAUGUGUACAUGUGUGCGUUUGUUUGUGUGAGUUAGUUUCGUGAGUGAGAGUGCCAGAACUGCUCGCAUGUAGUUUACGUACAUGUGUGUCCUCUUCAGCUUUUGUGUGGGCCCAGCUGACGAGUGAGGGUAUUUUGCAUGUGAGUGAGUGAGUGCCUGACUUUUUUGAACACACAAAGUGUUUGCAUGUGUCCUCUUCAUCUUUUGUGUGGGCACAUCUGAUAGAUGAGAGCUGGUUUGCACUUAGCUCCGUCUCUCAAAUGAGCUGUUAAAUUCAAGUUUUCAGCCUGGCUGAAGCCUUUGUACUUAUAAUUCAUUGCAUAUUAAAUUUUUGACUGAAGCUGACCUUACCUGUGAUUUGAAUCUACCUCUGUAUAUUUGAAUUAUCAAUGCAAGUGUCCUCUCUCUGUGAUAUUAGCUGCAGUGUAGUAAUAUAUAUAUAGCUUGUAGAGAACCCUCCUUCUCUAGCAUCCAUUGGGACUAUAUACUGUAGUUAAUAUGUUUUCUGUUUGCAGAGUUUUCAAUUAUACAUACAAUUUAGAGUAUGCUUUUAUCUGAAGAGGAAAGCACUAUCAUGACAACAAUAAAAGCAUACUUUAAGUCAACUUUAAUAACACACACUGCUAACCCUAAAAUCUGCUUACUGGGAAAGGAUUUCCGUCUAUUCAUUAAUUUCUUUGGUCGUAGAGGGUUGACUGCCUUUUUACCUCUGUCAUGCUAUUUUCCAUCAUCAAAGUGGAACAAAGUCUCCCUCUAGUGAGAGAUAUUGGAAACUGGCUGCAGAAGAGACCUUUCUGAGUCCCAGUGAAGCAAAUUUUGGCAUCUUUAGGUAUAAUCCUUUUGACAGCUGGGUCAGUUUUUUAAAGAAAAUUAAAUGUCACAGAUUUUUAUUGAUGUUAGUUGAUCACAUUUCCUUUCUUUUCAUCUCUUUUUUACUGUGACUUCUUUGUCACCUAUGACUCUUUUUUUAUCCUCCACCCCUUUCCACUGUCUGACAUCCCAAUCCAGGUCAUAAUUUACCAGGGUGGCCAAGUGUUCAGCCUUGCCAACCACCUGAAUGGUCGUGUGGGCUUCGUGGCCACCAUGCCAAGUACAAGUGCCUCAAUCUUCAUCAACAACACCCAACUAACCGACACUGGGACGUAUCAGUGCCUGGUCAACAACUUCCCAGACAGAGGGGGACGCAAUAUUGGCGUCAUCGGGCUCACCGUGCUGGGUAACUAACCACAAACUAUUGAAACUAUAGAACAAACUAUAGAAGAAAUGUUUCUUUGAUUUAGAAACAGAAUCGAUUGCUGCACAUUUUAUGAUGUUUUGUGUCCACAUACUGAGAACAUGUAGCUUUUUAGGUUUUAAGUGUAAGUUAAUGACGAAAGGUUUAAUCAUUAUUUCUCAGUAGUGAUUUAAAGGGAUAUUCCAGCGUACAAUUAAUUUAGGGUCAAACACAGCUUAACACCAAGUUAGAUACCCCCUCGAGAAAUGAAUGUUGCCGACCACUUGCUUCUCUAGUUAUACCAACUUUAGUAAUGACCGCAGGAUAGCAAUACAGAGAGCCAUGCGCUCGACCAAAACGUCACUCUAUAGCCACAAAUAAUACUCAGAACAGCACCUAGCUUCAUCAACAGUACAUAUAGGGUCCCAGCGACAGUACUAGCCACCAAACAUCUUUUUAACUUUGCCUGAUUUCUUUAGCAAAGACACGAAACACAACUCACCUACUCUUUUCCAGCAGCUGCUUGUUUGUACAGAGACCUCCAGGCGAGUCCAUCGACUGCAGCGGGGUGACGCAGCUCAAGGAAGAACAUUUAUGAUCAUUACUUUAUUAUUUCCUUUAUGUAAUAAUCACUGUAUCAAUCAUUUUGCACUGCAGACGCAGUAGUUCUUCUGCCUUAGAGUCUCAGUCUGAUUGUAUUUCCAUGAGGAAAUGAUCAUAAAUAUUCUUCCUUGAGCUGCGUCACCCCGUAGCAGUCAAUGGAUUCGUCCAGAGGUCUCCGUACAAACAAGCAGCUGCAGGAAGAGAGUAGGUGGAGUUUUGGUUAAGUGUGUGGCUCUCUGUAUUGCUAUCCUGCGGUCUUUAAUAAAGUUGGUAUAACUAGAGAAGCAAAGGGUCAGCAACAUUCAUCUCUCGACAGGGUGUGUAACUCGGUGUUACGAUGUGUUUGACCCUACAUUAAUACGCUGGAAUAUCCCUUUAACAAGGCAAGUCAUUUACAAAGACUCGUUACACCAUUUCCAAGCAGCAUGCGAGUUGUCUUUUGUGUGUUGGGGAGGGGCGGGGUUCCUGCUUUUUGUUUGAUGCCAUUUAGAUGCUUAAAUUCUAUUUUCUUUACAUCACGGUUAGGGUUAGGGUUUGCUUUUUGAACACAACUCUACCCAUACUCUCUCUUUCUGCUAGUGCCCCCUUCAAAGCCAGCCUGUCAAAUCCAGGGCACGCUCGAUAUAGGCAGUGACAUUAUGCUGCUCUGCAGUUCAGAAGAUGGUAUUCCAACACCGUCCUACUCCUGGGAAAAGCUGGAUUCUCUACCCAAACUGCCGCACAACGCCAUGCAAGGUAUUACAAACAAGCUGGCCAUCGGAGUUCCCUUUUGCCCCACCUUUGCUGGUAAAUGUGACAUACCCUCAGUUCAGACUCAACAGUCAUCCCCCUUCAUCUUGUGCGAGGCCUUAUCUGUUGCUCACCCAACAGCCCUCUCCUCACUGAUCCCACUGGAUGAUGAUGAUGAUGAAGAACUGAUUUAAACCACAAGAAUUUUUGAGUUUGUGUUUUUAUGUAUCAGGAACGCUUUUUGUUCUGCCUACCCAGUUCACAUAGUGUGACGUCUCAAUGUUCUCCCUCAUUCUUUCAUACGUAACUGCAAAAGUGAUUCAUUUUUUUCAUCUCUGUGUCCCUUGUUUUGUUGAGUGCAAUGACGCAAACUUCAAAUACAACCCCAAUAGCACAAAAAUCAUUAAAAUUAAUAAACACACACAAACUACAGUUAGAGAAGCAUUUAAUACAUCAAAUGUUUUUAUCAGGCGUUCAUAUUCUGACUUUUUCAACAGCUCAAGUUGGGAUGCCCCUGGGGCGGUUUUGUGGGGACGUGAAUAUGUCCAUUGUGUCCUGCUUCAGCUCAGUGGCCAUGUUCACAAAGCUUUCUAGUUUAAAGAGUGGCUCCUGGUAACAAAAUUCUGGAAAAUUCAGAGACAUUUUCAAAGAAUUUUCACCAAAGAUGAGCUGAAAGCUGUUCACAAAGCAUUUUAUGAAAAACUAGGAUGAGUCAGGAGGACUUUUAAGAGGCUGAAGAGUUCCCCAAGCUGAGUAAGAACUGGGAGAAAGACGAUUAAAAUAGUGCUUCAAAUUGCACUCACAUCUACAAGGUAACGCAAAAGUAGUAAAUAUAGAUGUGAUAUCGGGAUCUUUUACUACUGAAUAAAUGCAACAGUUCCACUCAUAGUUUUUCACAUGCAGUGGUUAGAUCAGUUUAAAUCCAUUCUUCAGAUUUUUUAUUAAAGGAAACCGGCUACGUGUGUACAAGGCCUAAAAUAGGUCUGCUUUCAUUUUCUUGAUAGCAGUCAGAAAGCCCACUGUUUUGACACCUAAAAACUUUUGAAUCAGAAAAUCAAAUUGCCUCUUUGGUUUGUGCUUUAUCUCAGCUUUGUGCAUUAGAUUUUUAAACCAAAUGCAUUUUUUUGUGUGUGUGGGUCAAGUUUGAAAGUCUGGUGUGAGAUCUGUCAUCUUAUUGCUACUAACAACACUGAAAAUCUGUCUUUCUUAUAACUUCUCAUCAAGGAGAUGUUGAUGCUCUUUAAAUAAACUUGGUACCCCAACACAAUCAAUUCAUCAUCUGUGAAAGACAGGGAUCUGCAACACUAAACUGGCUCCACUGUGCCAUAUGUGUUGUGUGUUUUUAGUUUUGACUCUUACCCUUUGGUUCACUAUAUUCAUCAGAUCAGAUGCAAGGGACCGUCACACUGAGAAACAUCAGCACCAGCACAUCAGGACUUUAUCAGUGUACCUCCAGCAAUGCAAUUGGCAAGAGCACCUGUGUACUCAACCUGCAGGUUGAAGCACGUAAGUUUAUUUCGACAUGGUGCUCCUUUAACAGCUGAUAACUGUUGACACAUGGCUGUGAAUGUCCAGAGAUGUACAUUUAUGAAACCUCAAUACCAAAAUGAGUAAACAGUCAGAAAUCUACUUGUGUUAAAAGUUUAAGAAUUGAAAAAAAGAAGCUAAUUUAUGUGUCUACAUACAUCUUAAUGAUUGGAAAAUACACUUGAUUAUAUACUGUAGAAAAAAUUUACAUGUAUUUCUCUCUUAUUUUAUUUAUAAAAGUCAUCCAGCUUACUUUUCUAAAUACUAUUAAGGAUUUAGAAACUGUCUGUGAACAUUAGACUUUCCUCCAUUUUGUCUACAUGUACUUUUUCUUUUCUGCCCUGCAGCUCAGCCUCAGAGUGUUGGACUGAUAGCAGGGACUAUCGCUACAGGGGUCCUAGCUGUCAUCAUUUGUUCCCUGUUAAUUGCAGUCACACUCUUCUACUGGAAAAACAAGAACAAAUAUGAUGAGGAAGAGAUCCCAAAUGAGAUCAGGUUUGGCUUUUAUCUGUGACCCCUUAUUGUAUUGAAUUUCUAUGGAUUGAUUUCAAGUCCAGGAAAUGUCUUAAUUAGUGAAAUAAUUUUAAAGUAAUCUGUAAAAUCACUCAAAAAGAAAAUUAUCAUUGUUUUGGAUUAUAUGUGAAGCUAGCACCUAAAGUAUUUGUUAUUAUUAAUAAUAAUAAUAAUAGUUGCUAUAUUUUUCAUUUAACUCCAGAUCCUGUUAUUUUUAACUCAUCAAUUAAUGUUUAAUAGGAUUUUAGAAAACAAACAAAAAAGAAAAUUAAAACUACAAACUCACUGUGGUACAUGACGACUGCAUGGAGAAGCUUCUAAAUUUCAUUUGUCAAAUAAGAGUAGCGCUACAUUUUCUUUUUUAUUUACCCACUUCUAGUAUUUCAACUAAGUCUACAUAUCCAUAACACUAACUUUGAUCUUAUUUGCAGAGAAGAUGACCUUCCACCUAAGAGGUCGUCCUCAGUGAAGGCUUUCCAUGCAGAUGCCUCGUCAUCAGAAAAUGAUACUCUGACAUCCACCAACACAUACAACAGCCGAUAUUGGCACAACCCAAAACCCAACUAUGAUACCAACUCAUAUACACGCUACAAUGGAGACACUCGCCAUACCGUCUCCACUGCCCAUGGACAAGGCCAGGUACACAACACAGGACACAGCCACGGCACAGUCAUCACAGCACCAGGUUCAGCCCCACCAACCCGCCAUAUGCAGCCCACAACAGCAACAAUGGCAUCAUUUGCCAAUGGCAGCCACACACUACCACCACCAAAGACUUUGGUUGUCACCACAAACUCUGCCCCCUCUCCCCCUACCAUGGUGCGCAGCAACGGCUCAGUGAGCCUUAAACCUGUGGUACCUUCCCCACAUGGGCAACACACACACUCCUAUGCGGUGAGCCAAGCCACACUGGAGCGGAUGGGGGCAGUGCCUGUCAUGGUGCCUGCCCAGAGCAGAGCGGGUUCACUGGUCUGAAUCUGACUCAUGAUACUGUUUUCUCAGAGAUUUAAAAUAGUAUUUGUGACUUUAUGGUCUCCAAUACUACACAGACAUAAAAAAGAAGCAAUGCAACCAGCUGCUCUUUUACAACGAUAACUUUUGAUAAGUCCUGAUCAACUUACUAUAUAACAUACUGGUAUUUUCAAGUGCAAAGUUAUUUUCAUGCAAUUUCCUUAUGAACCCCUUCAUGGACAAGAUAGGAUUUAACAAUUCACUGGAUUAAUUUUCCUGGCAUGUUAUAAGAACUUAUUUUAACCCCCUUGGAUGUUUUAAUGAGGUAGAAAUUGAUUCAGAUUGAUUCCAAUACUUUUUUGUGGCUUGCUCAGUGUGAUAUCUCAGUGUGUUUGUUCUUUUUAUUUCUUGUUUAUUUGGAGUCCAUGCAAUGUGUUUUCAUCUCAGUGUGUCCAUACAGCAUGGCAAGACAGAAACAAGCAAGCAUCAUGAAAUUAACAAAUGCAUUUGUCCCUGAAUUUAGAAUAACAAAUUAGGGUGAGACAAAUCCACAACACAUGGGAGUCUAUUUCACUACCUAACUAUACAUUACCUCACUUAUCACCUAGCUACCAAAUAAAUAUACAAACAAACUGACACAAAGUAUUGAUCUAAAGAAGAUUUAUUUAUACAGCUACAAAUAUAAACCCUAAGAUUAACCAGUCUAUGACAACUGUAUUCUUUUUCAUUUAUAUCAAAUUAACACCUAACAUUUUAUUUAUAAAAGGAAGAAAGUACAAUAAAGAUAAACUUUGUGACUUCACAAGGUUUGACAUACAUGCAACCGUUACCUGAAAAUGUCUGGCUGAUAACUUGGUGAAGCCAAAUUGGGAGUUGCAGGAACAGAGAGGGCCUGAUUUCCACUGGGAGAUCAGGCUAGUUGGGUAAGCCGCACAUUAGACCGCUCCACUGUAACAAACCACAUCUAACUUAACAUUUUCAAUCAUGAUAAAGUCUGAACAGUAGUGUUCCUUCAACCGCAAUCUUAAGAGACACAAAAAUAACAUCAAUACCUGUGAGAGAGCCUCUUCCCCUUCACUUUUCUGUUGGCAUUGUCUUCUACCUGAACCAGUCCUGCAACACUGCCAAAGUUCCAAACCAUGUUGUGGUUUGUGGUUGCUUUGUGUCUUUUUCCUUCAGUUCGGCAUAUGUCUAUUUCACUCUCGCUCCGUUUUCAUUGUUUACCUAAGCCUGGUCUCCUUUUCUCUACUUGGCCAUUAACCAUUAACCCAAAGUUCUGUGCUCUCCAAAUAAACUGAGAGUAGUGCUAAAAGUGUCCUCCAUGUUGUCUACCCAGGCUGUCAGAAAGUAACGUUUUCGUGGGAUUGCCAACAGGAAGGGGUGAAAUCAUUGACAGUGCAUGAUGUAUUGACUUGAUAUGUAUGGUGUGUGUGUGUGACGUGUGUGAUCUACACUACCAUUGGUAUUCAGAGUUUUUUAAAAAGCAUUGUCAGGGGGGGUUUGACCAGUCCAAUCUAGGUAUUUACACAGCUGGGUGAUAUUUGAUAAAAUAAUAAUUAUCUCAAAUGAAAUUGGCGAGUAGGCCAAGAGAGUGGGGUUAAAAAUCGGAUGGUAUGGGAUAUUGUGUUCUAAUAUAUACCCUCCUCUUGGUCAUGCUGUUUGAACUGCUAUCUAAUGGACAAUUAUCCUCACCCAUUCUAGAUAAAUUAGUUCUUUUUCACAACACAUAGAAUACAGUCAACACAAGAAAAUCUUCAAAGCUCGGUUAUGUAAGAGAAAUAUCCUUAACUUUUCUAAACAGACAUCUAAUGUUCCCAUGAUAAGGAUUUGAUCUUGCAGUUGACAGUCAAGGUUUUUACACUGUAGGUCCAAAAUGUUAUUUCGUCCACAAGAUGCAUCGUUGCUGCUCUGAGAUGGUUGAUUAAAGGUUGUCUUAUGUAUGAAAUGCAAAUAAGGUGUCAUACUAAUAUGAUGUUUUUUAAUAUACAUGUACAACAAUAGGCUUAAUUUUGAAUCAAAGGAAGUUUAUCAUAUAACUGACUGAGAUAUGUCAACUCAUGUGUCUUAAUUUAAUUUAUGUUUAUUUUUUAUCCAACAAUACCCAAAAAUGUUAUAAAAUUUGCAUUCUGUUUGACCUGGUAUUUAUAUUUUAAUUUUAAAGAACCACUGUCGGUGUCACUGUUUUUAUGUUUUACACUGAUCAAUCCUGAAUCAGAGUUACCUAAAUAGUCAAUACGAAUUAUUUCUAAUUAUUCCAUUAUGCAGUAUUUGAUCCAGCAUUUAUGUGUUGAAAGCUUUUUUUUAAUGUGUGUGUGUGUGUGCGUGUGUGUUUGAACUUGCACUGUUCGGGCAUUUAAAGUCUUAUUUAACAAUAAUCUCACUAAUCUAUUUUUAACCAGAAACAGUCAAUUGAUUUAUGGUAGAUUAUCCCUGAUUUCAGAAUCUUUUUUAUAUACAUGCAAGGCCAUUCAAUUUAUGUCUUAAUGUUUUUUUUUCUAAAGUCAUAGGAUGUAACCACAUACAGAAAUGCAGGCCUUCACAGCUAAUUUGAGGGACUGUUUGCAUACUAUUUUAAACUUAAAUCAUUAAUUAUGAGAAUUUGUCUUAAUAGCAACAAAUGUUUUAAAGAUUAGCGAGAAGUAUUAACUGCUGCACUGUUGGGCUACUGAUGUCAUUCCUUAAGCACUACUGACAGUCAUAACUGCAAAACACUUGGGUAACAGGAAAUGCUUUUUAGUGAUUUAUAAAGUCAAGCUUUGAAUCAGCUGUUUUUUUGUAUUUACCUUUCUACCAGGUGCUACUGUUCAUCACAACAGUGUCAGUUCCAAGCAACUUUGUCCACCUUCAUACAUUCAAACCCCAAACUAUGCAACUUGUCUUCUCUGUGUGUUUUGAGGCUGAGCGUUGGUCUUUUGGUUAAGUCCCACAGUGACACAUACUGUUUUAAAAACACAGUAGGGUUUAGAUUUCUGCUCAAUGGAGAAAUGUCAGACUGGCAAAGUUACGCUGAUUAAUUUUUACUGUUUGCACAGAAGUGAUAGGGAAGAAGAGCACAAUCACUGAACAAUUACCAACAUUAACCCGAUAUGAAAUAAACAUCUCGUCUUUUUUCCUAAAUUGGUUGGUGUGUGAUACACCAGCUGGUAUAUGGGCUGUAUGUAAACAUGAAUCAUGACAUGUAAUAUAUCGUUGAUUGUAAAGUCUCUGUAAAUAUGUAAAGAAAUACAUCUUCCUCUUAUUGUCAUUUUAAAACUGGACAGGAAAAGUAACACUGGAACUUGUAAUGAUUAAAUAUUAUUAAUACAGUCUAGCUGGUAUUUUAUAUACUUGUUUCCGUGUCAUGCAUGUGAUGAUACACAUUUCUUGAUAACUUUGUGUUUUAAGGUUUUAGGAGCACCAUUCCACUAUAAAGUAAUAGUAAUACACUGAGUUCAUAUUUGUGGUCAGUCAAGCUGGCUGUCGGAUGUCAUAAAACAGAUGAGAGACGAAGAAGAAGCAGAAGGCGUCCUGUGAACUGCCUUGAAGCAGCUCUUUAUGAAAUGAUUAGGCACUUUAGAAAAUUAAAAUUCUGUGAUAUUUGAUUAAUCAAAAUGCAGUUUUGUAGCUUGAAUCUCCUUGAGUCACUAGUAGUCACUAGUUCACUGAACAUUUAUACUUUCUUAACUAUUCCUAUAACUGCUUGACUGUAGGAUCUUCCAAAAGUGGCCUAUUAAUUCAGAUAACUGCAUAGUUUUGCAGUGACCGAAAUAAUGCAACCUAAAUGCAAGACAGAAGUUUCAGUCACAGGGCUGGUGAUGUGAAUAAAUCUCAUAUUUUAACAUCAUCUGAAAUAGAUGAUAACAAGAUAAUUAUAUUUAUUUUUAAAAUUUACAGACUUGUUAUGAUUUUAUAUAUAUUAUGUUGCUCUGCCCCUGUAAUAGCUAUCAUAUUUUACAGCCAAGACAACCGUGAGGUGAAUAUCUGAUAAUGUGGCUACCCUAGUGAAGAAAUAUAAAUUCUUAAUUUCUUUUAGUACAUGAGUGAGGCAGUAAGAAAUAUUUAGUUGCAUUGAGUGCAAUCAAUUACACCCCAUGCAAUCUCCACUGUUUAUAAAUGAAGCUAGCGGAAAAAUGCAUAGCCUUGCCAGACCCUCCCAGCUCAUAUUCAUUUUUCUGAGCUGGUCUACUGACUCCAGGUUACCUUACCAUUAUAGAAUCAAGUGGUGGCAGCAAAGUCUGGUCUCUGAAUUUUUUUUGUCUUAUUUUUCAUAUUUUUUGUUGUCUUUUGUUGUCUGCUGAGGGAUAUUCCUGCUGGGAAAGAUUUAGUUCAUUUAAUCCAGAAUAAUCAGAAUCAGAAAUACUUUAAUAAUCCCCAGGGUGAAAUUGUUUUUUGUCACUGUAACUCCAGUUCAGAUAAGUAGAAAGAGGAGCUAAAUAAUAGAAAAAAAUAAGUAAAAAUAAAUAGAUAAAUAGAUAAAAUCAGUAAAAUCAGUAAAAAUAAAAGAUAAUAUACAAUUAUGUACAAUAUAUACAACACAAAAUAGUAAAAUAGUAUGCAGUAUGCAAGGAAAUCCUUAUUUUCUAAAAUAAAUGAAACAUUUAGUAGAAUAUCUAGUUGCAUAAUACACUGGGAUAUAGGGAACUCCUGUUCAGUGAAUGUUAUCCUACAAGAUUUUCCAUUCAAGGUGGUUUAACAUAUCACACAUUUAGGCCAUACAUCUAAAAUGAAAAAAAAUAUCUACAUUUUAGUUACAAUUAAAUUUCUCAAAAAUUAUAAACAAUCUGAAACAUGGCAUUAAAUACAGGAGGACUCUUCCCCUCUCUGUGAUUGGCAGAAUCAAUGCUAUUAAGACGGUAUUACCAAAAUUCCUGUAUGGUUAUCAGAAUCUUUUUGAGAAGCUAGAGACAAUUGUUUUAGACAUUGUUUGUGGCUAUAAAAACAUUCACCUUUAACAGAGUUCUAAAACAAAACUUAAGUCUCUACAAUGCAAUUUUGUUCACCUUAAAGCACGUUAUUAUCGUGAAAAACCAUCGACUGUGAAACAAACAGUAUAGUAUACAGUCUUUGGAUAAAACAGAAGCUACAAACUCCGGAACAGAAGAUGGCGCCACGCACCUCUUCA